AUGGAAACUCUUCCAGCCUUCCUGCAGUCAGCGGGCAAGCCAUAUCCCACAUGGGCUGCUGUAUUUGCUAUCGUGGGGUUCGCACUCUAUCGUCUCCUUCAAAUCGGACGGCGAGACCCUCGUAUGCCAAAGGGGCCGCCUACUGUCCCUAUCCUGGGCAACUUUCAUCAAAUCCCAUCAAGUGGGCUGUACGCAAAAUUCCGUGACUGGGCUGCCGAGUACGGUUCAGUGUUCUCGCUGAAAUUCGGACCGACCAAUAUUAUCGUCCUCUGCGAUCGCAAGGCCGUCCACGCGCUACUUGAUAAGAAGGGAGCCAUCUACUCCGACCGGCCGCCGAGCUAUGUCGGUGGUCUCUUGACACAGGGCGACCACAUUGCGCUGGAGCAGAUGGAUCCCAUUUGGCGUGAAAAGCGCAAAGUCAUUUCGCAUAAUUUCUCCCCGAAGAACCUGGACGAGAAAGUGUUUCUCGUCCAGGAAGCCGAAGCAACGGUUCUUCUGAACGACCUCCUGAGCAACCCCGGGGGCUUCUUCAACCAUGUGCGGCGCUACACUGCUUCCUCCGCUUCCGUCCUGGCUUUUGGCCACCGCGGCCCUACCUUUGAUUCAUUCUGGGGUCACGUUGUCUACGAUGUAAUGGAUAGAUGGACCGAAGCAAUGGAGGCGGGCGCCAAUCCACCCGUAGAUGAGUACCCCAUUCUGAGGCUGAUUCCGAAGCGCUUUGCCUAUUGGAAAAGGCGUGCAAUUGCAGCUGGCAAAGUGUUCGAUAAAAUGUGGGGGAAAGCACGCCGGAUUGUAGACGAGCGCCGCGCGAGGGGCGUCCGCAGGGAAUGCAUCAUUGAUAGCCUGCUGGACGAGUACGACAAGAAGGGCUGGCCAAUGUCGCAACAUGCAUUCAACAACCUGGUGGGCGAGGUUGUGGAAGGUGCGGCUGAUACAACGGCCGCUCAGAUCCUGACGUUGAUCUUGGCUUUUGCCAAAUAUCCCAACGUCCAGGAGAAAGCCCGUAGAGAAAUUGAUAAGAUCUGUGAUGCGGGCCGGGUACCCACCUUCAGUGACUUCAAGAGCAUUCCGUAUAUCAACCAAGUCGUCAAAGAAGGGAUGAGAUGGCGCCCGGUAGCCGUCACAGGUUUACCUCACCGAGUUCGAGAGGACGACUGGUAUGAGGGCAUGUUCAUCCCCAAAAACUCGACGCUCUUUGUGGCCACCUGGGCGAUCCACCAUACAGAAGGACUCUUCCCCGACCAUGACGCGUUUGAUCCUGAGCGUUACGCGAACCAUCCAAAACUCGCAAAUGACUACGCCGGAAGCCCAGAAUGGACCAACCGAGAUGAGUGUCGCCGCCUCUGCCCUGGUGUACAUUUUGCCGAGCGCAAUAUGUGGCGUAUCGCAGCGAAGUUACUGUGGGCGUACGAAUUCUCAGAGCCCGUUGACCCGACCACUGGAGAGGUUGUCCCGAUUGACGUGAAUGCAUACAACCCGGGGAUUUUGCAAGCACCGCUCCCUUUUAAUGUGCAUAUUAAGCCGCGAAGCGAGCAGCAUGCAGCGACGAUAAAGAAAGAGUUGGGUGGAGCGUUGGAAUUUCUGAAGCAGUGGGAGUAA